AAAGAACACAGUUGCCUGGCAAAAUCAAAAUCAAUGCAUAUUCUGAAGGCACCGACGGCGUUCCAUAACUACGUUUAUUAAAAAUUCUGAGUUGCUAUCCAAACAAAAGCGAAAGAUGGCAGAGCGUGGAAGAGGAGGCAACAAGGGUCGAAGACCACCAUCAGGAGGACCUGGGUCAAAUAAUGAAGGACGUCUCUCCAGACCAUCAUCCAGCGCUGCCACUACUUCAAAUGAUCUACUACUACGAGAGGAACAGUACAAGCGCAUGAAUGCAGAACUUGAGGCCAAAACAGCAGGGUUGAUGAAGGAGGCAGAGCAGGUGUUGAAAGAACAAGAGGAAAUGCUAAGUAGGUCACUUGGAAGGUUGGACUUUGAGAAGCAAGAUGGAGGAGCAUUGGAGCCACCGCUUAUUGCUGACGACAUAUCACAGCCAAAGUCAAUCUCAUCUACAAACCUUUCAGCUGCAUCUUCUAAAGGCAAUUCGCUGGCUUCAAAGUCAAGACCGCCCUCAAGGACAAGGAAAGUCGCUAGACCAAAAUCAAGGCCAUCCUCAAGUGCUGUGGAUGAUGUAGCCAUUCCAGCUGAGAUGGGUGACUUCUCCCUAGCUCACACCAUCACAACCAUAGAAAACCAAGUAGGUGAUGUGGAUGUGAUAUCAGACCACGAGGAUGACAUGCUUCCCCAAGGAGCUGAGGGAAUGGGAACAGAGGCAACAAUUCGUUUUUUAAAAGCCAAGCUGAGAGUGAUGCAAGAAGAGCUUGAACGAUUAGCUCAGGAAUGUGUUUCAAAGGAUGAGGCAAACCACAAGUUAAAGAAUCAGUUAAAAGAUGUUGAAGAUGAGAAGACCAGACUGCAGAAGACAACUUCAGGACAACAGGCACAGAUUGAUAAAUAUAAGAAGAUGUCGGAGGAUGGAAAGCGAAAAACUGACACAUUAGAAACGCAGUUGACAGGUUUAAGAAAGGAACUUGAUUCAAUGAAGAGAUCACAGAAACAGUCCACAGCCAACCAGAGUGUAACAGAAGUGAGAUUAAAUCGAGCGUUAGAAGAAAUCGAGAAAUACAAAUUACAGAUACAGCAAAGCAAGCAGUCAUCGCGGGAUUCAACUGAGCAAGACAGGAAGAGAUUGGAUCAGUUGCAAGCUGAAAAUAGACUUCUUAAUAAACAAAAGAAUGAACUAAUGGCUGGCUUUAAAAAACAACUGAAACUGAUUGACAUCCUAAAAAGACAAAAGAUGCACAUUGAAGCUGCUAAACUGCUGUCAUUCACAGAAGAGGAGUUUGUGAAGGCUUUGGAAUGGGGGAACUGAGCAUGCUCACCUGACACCAAGCUAUGGAAUGGUAAGAACUGGAACAUGCUCAAAGACAUACAAAGCUUUGGAAUGUGCAAACUGAGCAUGCUUAUGGAUGCAAAAAGCUAUAGAAUGGGCAAACUGAGCAUGCUCACUAAUACACCAAGAUUUCCGAAUGAGCAAACUUACAUCAACUAAUAUAAACUGGUAAAGUGCUUUUAAGUAUGCUUAGAAUCAUUAUAUUUACAAGAAUACUUACAGGUCAUCCAUGUUAGUAAAGCACUUCUGAGCAUGCUCAAAGACAUCUUUUUUAAACAUCAGUGCAAAGCACAGUCCAGUCGGGGUCCAACAAGUCCAACUGGACUGGGGGUCCGAACCAGGUGAACAACUAGAGCCUCUGUUAGGGUUCCAGAAUAAAAUCCCUGAUGGGGUUCAUGGGGAGUUUUUAUGGAUUGUUAUGACCCAAAAAGUGCUCUGUGAUCAAGGUAGUGUAGGGAUUGGCAUACAAAAUUAUGUUAUUGGGAUAAGAACGGAGGAACGGGAAGACAAAGGGUCCAUUCAUCUUCGAUAGCAGAGCAAUUUCCCCCCCCCCCACAACUAAUGGCACCCCACUGCAUUCAUGGCAAAAUAUAUUGAUGAUUGUUUUUGUUUUGAGAUUACCAUUUUUGCUUAACUGUCUAACCCCUCCUCCCCUGCAGUGUACAGUAUGUUUGUACUCCCAUGAUGAUUAUGAAUACAAUGGAUGACCCCUUAACUGUCAGUUGAUAUUUAAGUUUUAUAGAUUCUGUUGUCCUUUGAGACGAGCAUAUUUACAGUAUUGGUUUUGUAUACAUUAACCCUAGCAACCAUGUGUUAUGCUUGUAUUGUUCAUUUGUAUAUGUAGGUCUAAACCAAGGCUAUUUGGAAUAACCUAAGUAUAGUACUUAACAGGUAAUAAAGAAAGUCUGUAUGAAUUGAUCAAUGUUAUUUAGGUUGGUCUUCCUUAUCACAAGCAGUAUUAACUGUGUGAUUGUGUUCAUCUGUUUUUAGUAACGCAUCUGACUUCAUUUAUCGUUUAUAAACUGUAAGCCAAUAUUUGACAAAUAUGGUUUGUAAACAUUAUUAGUGUACAUAAAUGGACACUCUCUUGCAAGCACCAGUAAACUGGCAAUCGGCAUGACAGCCUGGGUUUGCCAAAUAUUGUAUUCUGAUAAUUAUAUUUUAUCUACAAUCUUAACUUGUACUGGACAACAAUAAUAUAUGAUGUCCUUGAUAAAAACGUAAG